AUGGAAUUUUAGUGUUGUUAAUGUUCGAUAGAAUUCAAUCAGACUGAUCAUUCACCUCUAGUUUUGCCUAGUUGUGGUCAUUCAAUCUGUUUAUCAUGUGUAAAUUAAUAUACUUCUGGAGAGUAAUCCUUAAUUUGCAAAGAAGAUGGGUAUACAUCUAUUUAGAUAUAUUUAAGAAUAUAAUGCAAUGUUAAUAGAGAUAUCAAAUGUUUUCCACAUAAUUAAAGUAUUAUUACAUUACUUAAGAAACGACGAUCAUCAGGUAGAUGUGUUACAACCAUUUAAACACCUGAUGAUCAAUAACAAUAGAUUCACAAUUAAUUAAAGGAUGUUAGUGAUUUCUCAAGUGAAAAGCACAUUUCUUAAUCUUAAUCUUAAGAAGCAUUACCUAAAUCAAGUCUAUGCAAAUUGCAUCAAAAAGAACUAGAAUUAGUCUGUCAAGAAGAUGGUUAGUAUAUAUGUGUAAAUUGUGCAUUAUUUGGUCCACAUAAAUUUCAUAAUUAUCUUUAAAUUGAUUAAUAUCUUAAAUAAAUAGAAUAAGCUGUUCAAUAAAUAUCAAAUGUAUACAAAUAAAUACAGACUGAAAGAAAUAGUUAAGAAUAAUUUAAACAAUUAUUGGUUUUAGGACUUAAUUAAUAAUAAAAUUGUUUAAAAUCUCUUAUAGAAUUAUAAUUUGAUGAUCUUAUUAAAUCAAUUGAAGAUAUUAAAUUAUAAGUUUUGCAUAAGAUUGAACUUAAUUAUUAAAAUUCUAUUGAACAUUAAUCCAAUAAACUUGAUUCAGAAUUUAUUUCAUUAUAAAUUGAAGCUGAUAAAUGGUUAAAUUAAGCUAAUAUCUAAUUAAGCUUAUUAUUAGAAGAUUCUGAAGAAUAGAAAUGUCGAAAAUUUGAUGAUUAAAUAGUUAAACAAGCUGAAAUUUUGAUUUCUUAAUUUGAUAAAAUUAAACAACAAAUUAACAUAAAAAUUGAAUAAACUUAUAAUUCACUUGAUGUUUAGGUUCCUAUUUAGAUCAUUUUAAAUUACAUUAACAAAAUGAUGGGACUAAACAAAACUAAAUCAGAAGUACUUAAAUAAGAAUUUACUUAACCUCUAGAAUCUAUUUUAGAAGAGAAAGAUCCUAUAAAAAAAAUUGAUCAAUCAGAUUUUCUAUUAGAUGAUAGAUAAUUGUAAGAAGAAACAUUCCAAUAAUAUGAAUAGUAGAAACCAUUUUAAAUUGAUGCAUCAAAAGGAAAAAGAUAUUCAGGUAUAUUUUCUUAAUCACAAUAACCAACCCAACCAACUUCACCAUCUUAAGAUAUGACUAAAUCAAUUAAUUUUGCUUCUAAUCAAAACUAACCUAUAAAAUUAAAAGAAAGAAGCAUGACAUUAUCACAUCAUGAAUUAUUAGAUGUUUCAUAAAUUCUUGUUUAAAAACAAUCUAAAAUUAAUAAUAACAAUUAAAAUAGUAAUUAAAAAUAAUAAUAGAAGAAAUUUACAAAUAAUUAAAAAAUGAAUGAUAAACUAUCUAAUACAUUCAGUAUCAUUCAUUAAGACAAAGUUGAAAUCAUAGAUUUAAGUUCCAUAGGUAAUAAUAUUAUUUUUACCUAGAUUUUAAUGAUCAAAUUAUAUAAAUAUUGGGAGAUUAUUUAAAAGGUACUCAAACUGUUAAGGUCUUAAAAUUAAGUAAAUGUAAAUUAACAGAUGAUUUAUUAUACAAGUUAGUCUUGAGUAUAACUUAAACAAAGUAAAUUAUUAUUGUUAUAAUUAUAGAAUUAAUACAUUGCAUCUUCAACAAAAUACUUUGACAGAAAAAUGUCUUGAUAAUAUUAUAACACUUUUUAAAUAAAAUGCUCAAAUACCAUUAAGAAGCUUAUAUUUGAAUUAAAACAAUUUUACAGCUGCCAAAGCUAAAAAAAAGAUAGAUGAACUUAAAAAAUUUGGAAUUUAGAUAUCAUUAUGA